AUGACAUCUUCACUAUUAACAUGCAACAACCAAUUACCAUCUUCAUUACACGCAACCAUCAUACACCAUCACCGGACACCCACAUGUCAUCGACCUUUAUCAUCAUCACUGCAACCUUCACGACACCAUCAACUUCUAUUCACUAACCCCAGUUUGAGGAGAAAAUCUGCCCAAAUCCAGCUCCCUCUUUCCUUGCUGUUUCUGAAACUUUUUGGUGAUAGAAAGAGAAAGAGAAAGAGAGAGAGAGAGAUGGAGGAAGAGAGAGAGUCAACAAGAUAUUGGUGCCAUGCAUGUGAUAGAGUCGUCGAUCCAGUCAUGGAGGUCGAAUCGGUCAAAUGUUCAGUUUGUCACGGCGGCUUCGUGGAGGAAAUGAACAGCGUAAGAAGUGACGACGACCACCACCACCACCAAAACGACGGUGGUUCUGGUUCCGACUCCGACCAUGGCAUCUCUUUAUGGGGUCCAAUCUUGCUUAGUAUGAUGAACACCCCUCGCCGUCACCGGAGAUUCAGACAACUUGGUUUUGACGAAGAGAAUGAAGAACAAAACCGCCGCCAUGGAGGAGGAGGAGAGUCGGAGUUGGACCCUGAACAGAGGAGAAGAAGGAGCACCGCCGGCAUCUUCCACCUUCUUCAAGGUAUUCAAGCGGGCAUGGCAUCUGAAUCGGAGAACAACGAGGAGGUCGCCGGAGUAGACAGAGACAGCAACCAGGAACAAGUUAUUCUGAUCAAUCCUUUCACUCCAUCUAUCAUUGUCCACGGCGGCAGUGGUGGUGGCAACCCGUUUGACUCCAGAAACCUCUCGCAAAACCACCCAUUUGGAUCUUUUGGUGAUUACUUCAUUGGACCUGGUUUAGAACAACUCUUACAACAAUUAUCUGAAAACGACCCGAAUCGAUAUGGAACACCACCCGCUAAAAAAGAAGCAAUCGAGUCAAUGCCAAAAGUCAAAAUCGAAGAAGAUUCAAUUCAAUGUUCGGUUUGUUUGGAGGAAUUUGAAAUCGGGAAUGAAGCACGUGAAAUGCCAUGUAAACAUAGGUUUCAUGGGGAUUGUAUCUUGCCAUGGUUAGAGCUUCAUAGUUCAUGUCCAGUUUGUAGGUAUCAGAUGCCAGCUGAUGAGUCAAAGGUUGACCGAGAACAAGAAGGGUCCAGGGAUCAUCUUCCGGAGACUCGGGAUCACAGCCGCAGGCCCACGAACAUGAUCAUAAUAGUCACUAAAAUGCCUUGUCUCCUCUCUUCUGUAUCUUCGUCUCUAGUCCUAUCUUUCAUUGUGAAUUGUGAUCCACCUCCACAUUUGUAUUCUUUUAAGUUGUGUACAUGUUAUCAUCCUAUGAUGGUUAGGUGUCUAUAUCCAUGUAAUUAAUAAAACUUCUUGCCAUCAUUCUUUUAAUCUUUCAAGCAAUCUAUCAAUCAAAUGUAU